AUGGCACCUCUAAAGCUCAACAUCAAGCACCUGGAGCAAAUUGCGCAGGCAGGCAAUGGGCCAAUCCAAAUCCCAAAGCACCGUUUCCGCAACAGCUCUGUUAAAGAGGGAAUCGUCCACGUUGGUGUGGGUGGCUUCCACAGAGCUCACCUGGCUGUCUAUGUCGACCAGUUGAUGGAGAAGCAUGGUGUUACCGACUACGCAAUCUGCGGUGUUGGCUUGCAACCUUUCGAUGCUACCAUGCGCGAUGUCCUGAGAGAGCAGGACCACCUCUACACCGUCAUGGAGCGCUCUGACAAGGGAAGCUUUGCCCACGUUGUUGGAUGCAUCAAUUCCUACCUCUUCGCCCCCGACGAUCGCGAAGCUGUCAUCGCCAAGAUGGCCCACCCUGAUACCCAUAUUGUUUCGCUCACCAUCACCGAGAGCGGCUACUACUAUAACGAAAACUCCCACGAGCUGCUGAGCAAUCACCCCGAUAUCCAGUUCGACAUCAAGUCCGGCAACGAGAACGCCCCGCGCACAACCUUCGGCUUCCUCUACGCGGCCCUCGCACGACGCUACGAACAAGGACUCAAGCCCUUCACCGUCAUGUCCUGCGAUAACAUGCAGAAGAACGGCUCCAUCACACGCAACAUGCUCGUGUCCUUUGCGCGUUUGCGCAACCCUAAGAUCGCGGAGUGGAUUUCCGAGAAGGGCGCCUUCCCCAACGCCAUGGUCGACCGCAUCACACCUCAGACAUCAGCCAAGGACAAGGAGGAACUCGCGGAGGACUUUGGAAUUCAGGACGCAUGGCCCGUCGUCACAGAGCCCUUUAUGCAAUGGGUUAUCGAGGACCAGUUCUGCGACGGCCGCCCAGAAUUCGAGAAGGUUGGUGUCCAGGUUGUCAAGAACGUCCACGACGUCGAGCAGUUUGAGAUGCACAAGCUCCGUCUGCUCAACGGCAGCCACUCGGCCAUCGGCUACCCAGGCCAGAUGGCAGGCUUUGAAUACGUCCACGAAGUCAUGAAGAACCCGAACAUGCGCCAGUUGGUGUGGGAGAUGAUGCAAGAGGAGGUGAAGCCCCUCUUGCCGGAUAUUCCUGGCGUCAGCAUUGACGAGUAUUGCAAGACGCUCAUGAAGCGUUUCUCCAACUCCAAAAUUAAGGAUCAGCUGCCCCGCAUCUGCCUCAAUGCCUCUGGCAAGAUCCCGCAGUUCAUCAUGCCGUCGAUUGCCGAGGCGAUUCGGGAGAGCGACAAGAAGCAGAUCGAAUAUCCUUUCCGCCGCCUGUGUUUCGUCGCGGCCUCUUGGUUCCUUUAUGUCAAAGGUGUCGAUGACCACGGCAAGAAGUUCGAGGUUGAUGACCCCAUGCGCGAAGAGCUCCAGGCUGCUGCUGAGGCCGGCCAUGGCGGCCCCGACCAGCUGCUCAACAUCAAGAUUCUCUUCGGUGACGACUUGCGCGGAUGCAAGAGGUUCACGGAUGAGAUGAAGAAGGCCAUGACAGACAUCGCGGACAAGGGUGUCUUGGAAACCCUCAAGGUCUACUUCCCUGAGGACACCAACUAG